ACACACUCAGUCACUCGCCGCCACUCUUGCCGUACACACUCACACACACACACUCUCCCCGAGCUCCUCUCCCACGGCGCCAACACACACCUGCACCGCCCUCCCCAGCACACACCUGGUCCGCCACACCUCGCGGCUCUCUGACCCUAGUCUGGUCUUACAGCGGACGUCACCAGCCAGUGAGAAGGAAGUGUUAGCGAGGGCCUUAUAGCGAGGUGGUCGCAGGUGGUAAGCCACGUGGCGGGCGCGCCACCGCUGCCGCCAUCGCUGUGUCGUCGACGCCUCCACAUCGCUGGACCCUCCUGCCUCGCCGCCUCAGAGUGAGCGCCGUGAGAGCCGACCGGUGGAUCGCUGCCUCUUAUCUCCUGCACGUUUUCUAUGGUAGCGCCGCCAGCAGCCGCCGUCAGGGGCCACUAUUAAGAUUCUCGCCCCCCCUUCCUUUGUGAGACAUUUUCCUCUGGCGACCAUCAAUCACUAAGGCUGCUCAAGGAACCAGGAAAACGCUAGAGGACCCGCACCAGGAGUUAGCGGCAGCGUCGAGUUGGCUAGUACUUCAGAAAGGUAGAAACGCUUGACUGCCAAAUCUGUGCUAACGAAAGCACUGAUCGACUCGGGAAGCCAAGGAGCCGUGCAGUUGAGCCUUAAGUAGAUCUCGGGUGACCGGCUAUGGAACACGUCUCUCGGGGAAUAAACGGAGUUUGUCAAUAGAAGUAAGCCUCUUUCCGGAGCGGUGUGGGGGGAGGUAAUAGCGCCAUUGAGCGGAGUUACCCCACCGCGGAGCCUAGUCAACCCUGCUAACUCAUCCAGGUCCCUCUUGCCUCCCCAAGGCCAGGGGCUCCUCGCUACCCUAAACACCUCAACUCAGUGUCUUGUGUAUGUGAUUGUGAACCGCUUUUAACCAAACACCAAUUUCUCGCUCCACGGUUCAUUGUAUUGAUAGAAAAACACCGCUACUGGGAAUUAUGUUUAUCACAUCUAUAAAAAUGGAUAAGUACUAAAAUCAUCUAGUGGGAAACCAGUAAUCAGAGGAAAAUCAAAUAAUAUAAAAGCCAGUUUGCAUAGUGUUGAGAGAAUGGUGUUGACGACGCCUGAAUACAGAAGAUGGUCCAUGGCCCACACAGGCUGGUCCGUGGGGCCACUCCUGGCCAUCAUACUCGCAGCGUACACAGCACACGCCAAAAUGCAGCACCCCCCUGGGAACCCACCACCCUCCUUUGGCGACCCCAUCGGCAACAUCACAGUCAUCAAAGGUCGCGACAUCACCUUCACCUGUGUGGUCAAGCACCUUGGACCUUACAAGGUGGGAUGGGUGAAGGCGGACACGAAGGCCAUCCAGGCCAUCCAUCACCAGGUGGUGACCCACAACCCACGCGUCUCCGUCACCUACCGUGACCGCACCACCUGGAACCUGCACAUCCGCAACGUCCAGGAGGACGACCGGGGAGUCUACAUGUGUCAGGUCAACACCGACCCCAUGAUAGCCGAGAUGGCGCACCUGGACGUGGUGGUCCCGCCUCAGAUCGUGGACAACGAGACGUCGGGAGAGACGACGGUGGAGGAAGGCAACUCCGUCACCCUGACGUGCAAGGCCCGCGGCUACCCGCCUCCCGUCGUCUCCUGGAGGCGUGAGGACAACCUCAAGAUCGUCCUCAGGGAUCACAGCAGCAAGAAAGUGCCCAGCACAGAAGGCGAGCAGCUUCAGCUGACGCGGGUCAAGCGCUCGGACAUGGGGCCUUACCUCUGCAUAGCCAAGAACGGCAUCCCUCCCUCUGUCAGCAAGCGUAUUAUGCUGAGAGUGAACUUCGCCCCGGUGCUCGAGGUGCCCGUCCACAUGAUCGGCUCCCCGCUCUCCAAGGACGUCACCGUCAGGUGUAAGGUGGAGUCCUCGCCCCGCGCCGUCACAACUUGGCGGAGAGAACCAGGGGAGCAGAUGAUCAUCAGCAGCCGGAAAUACAAUGUGUCCGAGGACCAGGAAGGCUUCUACGUCACCCUCAUGAGUCUCACCAUCCGCAACUUCACCAAGGACGACGCCACCACUUACCGCUGCGUCGCCAGCAACUCUCUGGGCACCAGCGCCUCCUCUGUCCAGGUAUACGAGAUCCAGCCCCAGAAGCAGCGAGUGACCAAAGAAGAGGAAGACUCGAGGCUGGAGAACCACAUUCCUCACAGCGCUGCUGACAACGACAAGGACGACCUCGCCCACUUCUCCGACCUCGACGACUCCAUCAACAACUUCCUCGGUCCUCUUUCCGCCGGCGGCGUCCUCGAAUCGGAACACGAAAGGGAAGCCAUUUCAGAGGAUCAAAGCUCUCUGAAGAAGUCAUCGGGAGGAAUAACGUUUCCCUUCCUGAAGAGCGGCGGGGCGGUGGGUGGCGUGGGUUGGUGGGCGUGGCUCCUGCUGCUCUGCCACGCCUCACUCACCGCGCCCACAGUACUCUAGAGUCACCCGCGUUCUUGUUCUACUUUCCUUCUGUUAUAUCCACGCCCCGCACUUAUUUACGCCACCUUUCACUUCUGUCACGACCUUGGCCGUGUCACGUCCUUGGCCGUGUCACGUCCUUGACCGUGUCACGACCUUGGCCGUGUCACGUCCUUGGCC